AUGGUUACAACAAUCGUCCCAAAGGUUUCAGGACCCUUCGUUGGCCAUGUCACCACUGGACAUGAUGCAGUGCCUGCUGUAGACGCAAAUCCUUCAGCAGGACUGGAAACAGCAACCAGUGGUCCGCUAGCCCAGGUCUCUGGUGAAGCUCACAGCCGUUUUGUUAUCGUCACAACUUUGCUGAGUCUGAUCGACCGGGUUCGCGGGGAGCCCACGACUCACAGUCUCGAUAGGCAUCCUCACGAUGAUACCUGGAGGCAGGACCAACUGCAGAAGAAGUUUCUUGACUCCUUCGCCUUGAUUUCUUCAACCUCCAAGAAGGGCGGUGAAACUGCCUCAGCUGUCUGUCUGGAGCAGGGUCAUCCCAGCGGCAACAUCCUUCGACUUGCUCGCAACCGUGGCAUUCCCCAGGACCUCGUCUUUAGGCUACAGGAAGUUCUGGAAGACCUGACCACCGUCGCCCUGAGAGAGAAUAAACCAAAAGACCUCGAAGACGAGAUCCUGCGCAAGAUAAUUGCGCUAACUAAGGACAAGGUCCAGUCUCUCUUGCAGAAACUUGAUCGCGCUGAAGUCCGUGCCUCCAUCCACCAUGCGACUGACAAGAUUUCAGAGGAUUCAUUAUUGGAUGAUACAGAGGACCUCAAUUUCAAGGAAUGGGUCCGUAAUCUUCCUUUACUGGUUUCCACCAACUCCAAAUGGGAGCCUUCAGAGCUUGUCUCUCAUAUCAAAUGGGCAUCUCGAGCCAGAUGGAUCUACUCGGAGCAGUUGGAGAUGCUCUUCGGCUUCGAGGAUGGAAAACCACCGCCUUGGCUCAAGUACAUCUACAAGCUUGGGCGUUAUUAUGCAGCGACCAAAGCGAUGCUGAAAUUGGCUGUAAAACAGCCGCAUAUUUUCACCCACAUCCACAUUGCGCCUGUUAAGGCCCCCGAACCGCAAAGCUUCUCCCUGGGGCAACAGAGGACCCCCCUCGUGACGAUUGUAAAGAAGAUCACCAAAGCUGACCCCGGUCACCUCAUCGAGAAGCUCGGCCAGACCUGGCUCACAAACGACCCUGAGGAACGACUACGUCGAGCAUGCCGCAUGAUGCUCACCGUCCAUGCCGAGAUGCAACUUCUCAGCUUCUACGACCACAACCCUCAUCUGACACCCCGUCUGCUAUUCAUGGGUACCAGCAAGAAAGCAUGCUACCUUUGCCACGAGUUCAUGUCCCGCCAUCCACUUACGAUUGGUGUGUCGGCAAGCCACCAGAAGUUGUAUCCAACCUGGAUGCCCGCGCCGUGCUCUUCCGCCGUGCGAAAAAGGCACAAAGUUCUUCUCUGGGAGUUCAGUCGACACCUUGAACAAACAACUGCGCGGGAUCUUGAGACCAGGCUGGGAAUUCAGCGACGGCCAUUCAACUUGGAUUCUACGGCUGGGCCUUCGCUGACAACGACUGGGACGGUCUCCACGGGAUUUUGGUUCCAGAAUCUGCCUUUGAGUAUUCGCGACGCGAGCGAGAAAGCUGACUCUGAAGGGUCUGACAGGGAGUAG